UGCUUCCUCGUCAUACCACACUAAUUCUCAUUAUUCUGAUCUACCCAGACCUUAAUCAGUUAUUCCCAUAUUCCACAACUGGGCUUUUUUGGGUUUGCUUCAAGUUUCUUUCAAUUUCAUUUCUGGAAAAUCUAGUCUUCACUCACUACUUCUCAAUUCGAAUCUUCGUUCCAUCUAUGCAUUCAACCUCUGUUGAUUUAAAUAUGCUUACCUCUACCCAUUUGUAUUGGUCAUUUUUUGAGUUCAUCAAAGAUGGAGAAUGGUCUUCCAUCGGGUGUUGGAAGGAGGGAUCCCUCCUUGGAUAUCGAAACUAGGAGUCUUUGUUAUCAGAGGCAAAGAGAUAACGUGCUUCCUCCGGUAGGAGAAAAGGUGUCAGCAUUUUCUUUAUUAUGGCUACGGAAAUUUCACCCUUUAAGGAGAUGGUUUCCUUGGUUGAUACCAACAUUUGUUGUUGUGAAUGUUGCCUUGUUUGUGAUCACUAUGUACUUGAACAAUUGCCCAAAGAACUCCGAUUCCUGUUUGGCUCCGUUUCUUGGGCGGCUCUCGUUUCAACCUUUCAAGUACAACCCUUUACUGGGACCUUCCUCAUACACGCUAAAGAAGAUGGGAGCUCAAAAACUGGGAGCUCAGGAAAUGGUCCAUGGACACCAGGCAUGGCACCUUAUUACUUGCAUAUGGUUGCAUGCUGGUGUUUUCCAUGUGCUUGCAAAUAUGUCAGGUCUUCUAUUUAUUGGAAUUCCUCUAGAGCAAGGAUUUGGGUUUGUGCGAAUAGGGUUGCUAUAUGUUCUCUCUGGAUUUGGCGGGAGUUUGUUGUCAGCCCUGUUUACUCAAUCAAGAGGUAUUUCUCUUGGCGCUUCUGGUGCAAUUUUUGGAUUGGUUGGAGGCAUGCUGUCGGAACUCAUCACAAAUUGGACAUUAUAUGAAAAUAAGUUUGCAGCCUUGUUUUACCUCCUCUUUGUUAUUGUAGUCAAUUUAGCAGUGGGACUCCUCCCACAAGUUGACAACUUUGGACAUCUUGGAGGACUUUCUUCAGGCUUUCUCCUUGGGUUUGUGUUUCUGAUUCGCCCACAGUUUGCUUGGGUUAGUCACAGAAGGACUGCUCCUAAACACCUAAUGUAUCAGUAUAUACUGUGGAUACUUGCUUUGAUCCUUUUAAUUCUUGGGUUUACCAUUGGCUUGGUUAUGUUUUUCCGAGGGGUUGAUGGAAAUGAUCUCUGUUCUUGGUGCCAUUAUUUGAGCUGUGUCCCUAUUUCAAGGUGGAGCUGCAAAACAGAAGCCUUAUAUUGCUGGUUUUGCAGUACAGUCAAAAUGGAAACCAGCUGAUCUUGACAUGCCAAGGCAACAGGACCAACAGUUACCCAUUGGCUAAUGCAUCAGAGUCGCAGAUCAGGUCACUAUGUUAUCAGCUAUGUAGUUGAUGGUACUUAUUUCUUUGUGGAAACGUAGCACAAACGGCUUUGAGAAGGUCAAGGGUUCUUCCAUGCCCGUGGUUUCCCGUGCCUUCCGUUCUUUUUUUUGAUGAAAAAAAAAAACUUCAUUAAUUAAUAUAGCAUAUAAUAUCAAUAAUAGGUCUUGUAUCUAAAAUUCUAAAUUUCCUAUGUAUUGCCAAAGCAGCUAUGUGCUUAAUUAAUAUCACACAUAAGUUUGAAGACUUGAGACAAAAAUUUAGUUGGGCGAAUGAUUUAUAACCAUCCAAAAACAGUGGGAUUGUGCUCCAAGGCCACAAACCGAUGCUAUUAUCCUGAAUCAAGUGCUAUCCGUUCUUUGUGUACAACACAUGAGUAUAAAGCUUUUUGCUCUUA